AUGGAACGAAGGAAGCUCGAAUUAAAAGAAUGCAAUCCUGAAGAAGUUACUCAAAUGAUUCUUUACAAAAAAAAGUUUCCAAACAAUGGAUCGAACAGAACACCAGCUGCUAUUGUUUUAUAUGAAUGUUUGACUCAAAUCUGUGACACUUAUAAACUUACAAUUGAGAUUAAUUUUCGUGCACAAACAAAAUACAAUUCUGAAGAUAAAUCUCAUGAAAAAAAAUUAUUAGAGCUACAGGGUCGACUCACUGAACAGUGGACAAAGAUUGGUUUCCAAGGAAAAGAUCCUGCAACUGAUUUUAGAGGCAUGGGAAUGCUUGGACUUGAUGAUUUAGUUUAUUAUGCCAAGAAUUAUCGAGAAUCAUCACAUUACGCUUUAGAAUCAUCAUAUCACACUGUCUCAUGGUAUUCAUUUGCCAUUGUAGGCCUAAAUAUCACUUCGUUCGCAUUACAAACACUUAGAACUAGACAACUUCAGUACUUUUUAUUCAAAUAUGGAAUAGAAAAGAAUGUUUAUCAUGAAUUCUAUUGUAAGUAA